AUGGUAGACGCGGCGCGGCAAGCAAUUAAUCACUCCAUCGGUGCUGUUGGUAUGAACGAAGGCGACUUAGAGCGCUACCGAGCGCAAUCCUAUUGCAGCGAAAUUCGUGAAGCCCCUGAGGUCGUUGAUCUUUUCAGUAAAACGCCUAUCCUCCGACUUUCGGAGUCGUUAAUGGGUGAAGGGAAGGUUCAAAUUCCGAACUCAGGACAGAUAGCACUGCGUUUCCCGGGUCCGUUGCACGUGGAUCCAAAUGAACCGCACGGACACCUUGACGGGUUAGGGAGCGGUAAAAAUGGAAUGGAAAAAGGGGUUUAUCGGCGUGGAUUUACCGCACUCGCUGUGAUUUAUCUCGCGGAUGUCCCUGAACCUUAUAGCGGAAACUUCACUGUUUGGCCCAAAUCGCACAGUUUCUUCGCUGACUAUUUCAAGAAAGAAGGACAUGAGAUGUUGGCGAACGGAAUGCCGAGACAGGAACUACCGGAGGGACCAACGCAGAUAGUCGGAAAAGCAGGGGAUGUGAUCCUGACACAUCACCAGAUCGUUCACACGGCGGCGCCAAACGCGGCGUCUGAUAUUCGCUACGCCGUGAUUUUUCGCCUACGUCACGUUGAUUGUGAGAAAAAUGGUUAUGAUGCCUACACGAAUAUCUGGGGUGAAUGGCCUGGGAUUCAGGAAGCAAUAACUGCAUCUGAUGCCUAA